CACACCUCCCCUUUAUGUUCAUCCAGGUCCUUUCACUAGUAGAAGUAUAGCGAAGCCAGGGCAGAGGCGGCAAUAUAUAAAGCAGAGAGGACAGGACAGCAACACAACUCCAAAGCCCAGCGGUUUCAGUAGCGCACUCCACGGAGCGCAGCCAGGACUCUCACGUUGGAGCGUCUCUAGCAGCGGUUGACAGGCGUAAUGACGGAUCACUCACUCAUUUCCAGAGCGUGAUGCAUGUCGACUGUCAUGUCAGAGCUCCUUGAAAUCACACAGUUUUUACUCGCCAGUGGAUUACUCAUGCAACAGUUUCUGAUGCUGCAUAUGAGAGUGUUUGCAUGCUGACAAACUUGCUCAUAAAUCGCACAGUUGGGAGGACACCAGAAGUGCACGUAAACUUGUAGCGUAAACAUUAUAGGCUGCUCAUCGGCUGCCACUGAGCACUUUUCGAGAUGGAUUUGAAGAACGCGUGUCGUAUGUGCCUUUUCCCUUUUCAAAUGCUCUAUUACAUAGUCAGGGCAAGUUUGUUUUCGCUGUUGCCAAACAGAAGGAAGGACCUGAGCAAGGAGGUGGUAUUGAUCACCGGUGGGGGACGAGGCAUCGGGCGUCACCUGGCUAAUGAGUUUGCCAAGCAGGGGGCCAGAAAGUUGAUCUUGUGGGGCCGAACAGAAAAGUGCCUUAAAGAAGCAGCAGAAGAGAUCUCUCUGUCAGGAACAGAGUGCCAUUACUUCCUGUGUGAUGUGGCCAAUCGGGAAGAAGUUUACAAGCAAGCCAAGGUGGUUAGAGAAAAGGUGGGGGAUGUUACGAUAUUAGUGAACAAUGCAGCUGUGGUGCACGGCAAAAGUCUGAUAGACAGCGAUGACGACGCCCUUCUGAAAUCCCAACACAUCAACACCCUGGGACAGUUCUGGACUACAAAAGCCUUCCUGCCUCGGAUGCUGGAGCUGCAGCACGGUCACGUAGUGUGCAUAAACUCCAUCCUGUCCCAGUCUCCCAUCCCUGGGGCCAUAGACUACAACACCUCCAAGGCCUCGUCGCUGGCCUUCAUGGAGAGUCUGACGCUGGGCAUGCUGGACUGCCCCGGCGUCGGCUGCACCACCGUGCUUCCCUUCCACUGCAACACCGAGAUGUUCCAGGGCAUGAGAGUCAGGUUUCCCCUGCUCUUUCCUCCUCUCAAACCGGAGAUGGUUGCCCAGAGGACUGUGGAUGCAGUGAGAGCUGACCAGGCCUUCCUCUAUUUGCCCUGGACUAUGCAUGCCCUUGUCUUUUUAAAAAGCUUCAUGCCACAAGUGGCACUUGAAGAAAUCCACAAGUUUUCUGGGAGUUACAGCUGCAUGAACACCUUCAAAGGGAGGACAUGAACAUUGAUAGCACUCAAUGUGCGAGAGACCUCAACAGCUCUGGGGUGUAAUGAAGGGAAUAUGGACCUUAAGACAUCUGGAAGUGGAAGAUGCCCUGUGAUAGUGUGAAGACUUAGGGGACAUGCAAGGUGGUUGCUUCUGCAGGUAGAAUCAAGAUAAACUGCAGGAUAUAACCAUGCCUCAUUUGUAUGUGUGUGUGCCUAUGUGUAUAGUAUGAAGGACUGAAUGCCUCACUUUGAACAUAAGCCAUGCAUAGGUCUGUACCAGUAGUUUCUCUGGACGUUUUUGACACAUGUUUUAGACCCGUUUUACACUCCUUUUUUAUUCACCUUUUAAUGUGUCUUUGAAUCAAAAAAAGAUAAUAAAAUUGAGUUUUAGGGAUGCAUUGUGUUUCAUUGUGCAUGAUGAAAAUAGAAAAAACUGAACACUUGGGAGGUACAGACUGUUUUGUGUCUGGGUUUUGACUCCCAUGGCAGUGUGAUAACACCUUUGAUUUAUAACAAGCAUGAGAUCAGUGACUGUGACAGACGAUGUUGUCAAAACAUAAAACAUAGGCUCGGAGGGGGCAUGUGUGUUCUUGCCUGUCUCUGCUGACCAAAAAUGUUAAAGGGGGGAUGAUGUAAUGCUGCAAAAAAAUAAUAAACUCAAAACAAGUUGGUCAGGACCUCGUCCUCACUUGUCCAGUGUGUUCCAGAACAUAUUCAAUGAAUGUGGACAUGCAGAGAGACUGUUUAGCCCUGAAAGAACAGCAGUCAUAUUAAGCCCUUAAUUAAGAAAGCUCGAAGUAAACCUCUAAAUAAAGAUGACUGUAUCACAAGUGGUUUAUGUUAGCUUGGCUAACACUCAAACAACCCUGUCUGCAACUGCUACACUUUUGUUGUAGUAGAUAAUAAUGUGUUUGUUAUAAGCGCUAGCCCGGAGGCUAAUACCCCAGAGGCUAAUACCCCAGAAAAAUAGGGCCAAUAUGGAGCCUCUUUUGUUUUAUUGCAUAUGAAGUUGAGCAUCUUCCAACAUUUAGCUAAAAGCAGAGUGAGGGUUGUGUAAAUUCGUAAUGUUUGAGGAUAUUAUUUAAGAAUGGAAAAAAGCAUGAUUUAACUGCCUGGUUGAGGGCCACACUUAAAGCAGAAUUUCGAAAUGCAUAGUUUGCCAUUUUGGGUAUCUUAUUUGCAUUCAUCAGUAUUGAUGUUUCUACGUCUCAGCAAGAUGCGUAUUGUUGCAAUUGUCAACCUAUGCUUUUAGUUGAAAAUGCCGUAUCAGCCUAUUGCACACCUAACUUUGUCCAUUGAAGGGAUACCUGUGUUUAAAUAUCUCUUCCCAUUCCACUUUAAUUCUUAAAGGGACCCUAUUAUGCUUUCCUAAGGCUAUUGCAUUGACCAGUGUUGAAUUGGUGUAUUUCUAAGCUCAAAAAGGUCAGUACCCUUCAUACCGGAGGCUGUACUUAAUUGUAAUCCCCUUGUAUUGUGGUGUGUUUGUGGUUGUUUGUCAAUGACUGUUAGAUACGAUGUAAAUGUGUUCAACCCUGAAUAGACCUGAGAGUGGAACCUCAGUUACACAACAAACCCAGUCAUUUAGUAAGUCAAUUAGCAACAGGAACACCAGUGUGUGUACCAUCUAGUUUUCUCCAAAUGUAUUUUACAAGACAAAACAAUAAACACU